GUAAAAGGUUUCUAGGCCAUGCAGCUCCAUCACACUUUACUUCGUAUGGCCAGAUCGCGUUUUCUAACGCUUAAGGCUCCCCAUGGGUCAGGCUGGCAAUCGGAUGAGCCAUGAGUAAUUUAUCUCGCAACAUUGAUGACUGCGACGGCGAGCGGGGAGAGAUCGCAGCCGGGAGCGAAGUAGAUAAGAAGGGACUCCCACUUAUCCUCUCGAUCGAGGUUUCCUUUCUCUCAACACAUUCAUCAACACUGCGCCUUCAGUAGUGCCAACGAAGUUAUACAAUGCAGCUACUAACGACUGACGGCCUUGUCUCCCGCGGUGGAGCACUACAGAGUUCUCAGACUCUUGACGGGUCUGAUCCUGUGGCCGUCGUGGGCUUCUCCUUGAGAUUCCCUCAGGAUGCUACCUCCCCGCAAUCCUUCUGGGAAAUACUUCAAGAAGGUCGAUCCGUCACAACAGAAGUUCCUUCUGACCGAUUCAAUAUAAAUGGCUUCUACCACCCAGAUGCGUCUCGAAAUGACACAGUAAACGCGCGGGGUGGCCAUUUCCUGAAAGAGAAUGUGGCAGCCUUUGACGCACCGUUCUUUUCCAUGAGCCCCGGUGAGGUCGAAAGCUUGGAUCCGCAGCAACGGGGCUUGCUGGAGACAACCUACAGGGCCCUCGAGAAUGCUGGCAUUCCCAUCGAAAGAGCAGCGGGCUCCGCCACCUCCGUCUAUGUCGGGGCGUUGGGAGUGGAGUACAACCGAUUCUUCGAAUUCGACGAAGAGGUCCAGGCCACGUAUAAGGCUACCGGUAACUCAGGAGCCAUCUUAGCGAACCGGCUAAGUUGGUUCUACGAUCUGCGGGGGCCGAGUAUGACCAUUGAAACAGCUUGCUCGAGCAGCUUGAUUGGCCUGCACCUUGCCUGUCAGAGCCUUCGCUCGAAGGAGUCGCGAAUGAGUUUGGUAUGCGGCUCACAGCUCUACCUGGAGCCAAUGACAAGCGCGAUCUCGCUCUCCGCUCUGCAAUUUAUUUCUCCUGACAGUCGUUGCCACAGCUUUGGGGCUGAUGGUAACGGGUAUGCCAAGGGCGAAGGGUUCGGCGUCCUGGUACUGAAGCGGUUAAGUGAUGCUAUAGCUGAUGGCGAUGUAAUUCGAGCGGUGGUCCGAGCGACUGCGACGAACCAAGAUGGACGCACUCCUGGUAUCUCUCAGCCAAGUCAGGCAGCUCAGGAGAUGUUGAUCCGGGAGGCGUACCGUUCGGGUGGUCUGGAUCUCGCAUCCACCCGGUUGUUCGAGGCCCAUGGUCCGGGAACGAAACUAGGUGAUCCCAUUGAAGCAGGUGCCAUCAAAUCAGUCUUCCAGAAACAUCGCAGCCCGGACGACCCCAUGCACAUUGGUGCGGUGAAGGCCAACAUCGGCCAUUUAGAAGCGACAGCUGGUCUGGCGGGUUUGAUCAAGACAAUUCUGAGUCUGGAGAAAGGCAUCAUCCCCCCGAUAGCUGGAUUUAAAGAGGUCAACCCUCGGAUUCCGGCAGAUGAAUGGAACCUAAAGUUCCCGACCAAGCCGCUUCCAUGGCCCACAGAUGGUCUCCGACGGGCAUCGGUCAACGCAUUUGGCUAUGGAGGAUCGAAUGCCCACGCCGUCCUGGAUGAUGCAUACAACUACCUGCGGGAGCAUGGCCUCGAAGCACACCACGUCACUGCAAAAAGACCGCCCUCCUUGGCCAUCUUAGAGAAUGGCGUGUCCAAUGAUGCCACCAAUAGCAUUACCAAUGGCCACAGUAAUGGAUAUACCAAUGGCCACGCUAAUGGCCACACGAACGAAUUUUUGCGCGAUCUAGCAUACACCUUAUCCAACAAACGCAGUGUUCUGCCCUGGAAGUCUUUCGUGUUGGCGGGAAACCUGGAAAGUCUCAAGACGCAGGUACAAAAUAUGCCAAAGCCCGUGCGAUCGUCGACAAGCCCGCGGAUCAAUUUUGUCUUUACCGGUCAAGGUGCACAGUGGACCCGAAUGGGUAUUGAGCUUCUGAAAUUUGAGACAUUCCGGCAAAGCAUUCUAAAAGCGGACUCCUAUCUUAAAGGACUCGGAAGCUCCUGGUCGCUGAUCGAAGAGCUGCACAAGCCUGCGGAUUCUUCUCAGAUUGAUAGCCCGGCGUUAGCACAGCCGCUAUGUACCGCUCUGCAGGUAGCACUAGUGGAGCUCCUGGAAGGCUGGGGUGUGACUCCCUGGGGCGUGGUGGGCCAUUCGUCGGGAGAGAUUGCCGCUGCAUUUUGCGCAGGGGCAAUUUCCCGUGAAUCAGCAUGGACAAUUGCCUACUUCCGUGGAGCACUGGCUGCUCGGGUAGCAGAGUCAAAAACUGGCGAACGUGGGGCUAUGAUGGCUGUUGGCUUGUCCGUAUCCGAACUCCAGCCUCAUUUCGACGAGAUCUCGGCUGUCCAUGGCAAACAAUGCCUGUCAAUUGGCUGCAUCAAUAGCGCCAAUAACAUAACCGUGACAGGAUUGGACAAGUCUAUCGACGCCCUCAAGGUCCGCCUAGACGAGAAGCAGGUGUUUGCCCGCAAGCUGAGAAUCCCAGUUGCCUACCACUCUUCUCACAUGCAAGUGAUUGCCGAGGAAUAUAAGAACCUUUUGCAAGGUAUUUGCCCACCGGACCAAUCUGCUCGCAAAGGAGAAACACCCGUAUUUGUGUCAUCAGUCACAGGACAACCUGUUCCAGUUAAACAGCUCUCUCUGCCCCAAUACUGGGUGAAGAACCUCGUGUCAACUGUCAGGUUUUCUGAAGCUCUUGGUGAACUGUCUCAAGCCAGCCGAAAUGCAGGGUCCAACACGCAAGUGGACCACUACGUUGAGAUUGGUCCACAUGCAGCUAUGCAAAGAGCGGUGAUGGACAAUGUGCCUCAAUCCGAAGAUGUCAAAUAUGACGCAGCGAUGCGACGAGGUGUCUCCGGACUGAAAUCCUUGCAGCAGCUGUCCGGGAAACUCUGGACCGAAGGCUACCCUGUCAAGAUCGAAGCUGUCAAUAGUCAUGGAUCGAACCGACCGGCGAAAGUGGUAGUUGACCUACCAGAGUACCCGUUCAAUCAUUCCCAGACUUACUGGCUCGAGAGUCGACUGUUCAAGAAUUACAGAAUGCGCGACAAUAUUCGACACGAGUUAGUAGGCAUUCCCACAAACGACUGGAAUCCGCUUGAGCCGAAGUUCCGCUUCACCAUUCGGGUAUCUGACCUUCCAUGGCUGACAGACCACCGGUUGAAUGGAUCCCCGGUCUACCCUGCCGCGGGAAUGGCAGUUAUGGCUAUCGAGGCUGCUAGGCAUCUAGUGAAGCCUGGUCAUGCAGUUAGAGGAUACCGCCUCCGAGACGUAAGAAUAUUCUCUGCCUUAGUUGUCCCUGAGACCCCUGAAGGGGUAGAAAGUCAGAUCUUCCUACGUAAUGCAGAGAACAGUCGGACCACUGGUGUCCAGACAGUCGAAUGCAGAGAGUUCAACGUAUAUGUGUACUCGGACAAUGAAUGGCGGGAGGUUUGCGCUGGCUCUGUCGUCACGGAGUACGAAGAGACGCCCGAUGAGGUGUACGGAGGCGACGAGCGAAGCCUGACGAAGAAUUAUUACCAGACAAUGUACCAACAAGCAGUUGACCGUUGCUCAGUGACGAGUACUCAGCAGGUCUUCUAUGAUGCUGGUCAUAAGAUUGGGUAUGGCUUUGGUCCCCUGUUCAAUACUCUUCACGACCUCGCCUACGACCCGGAAGGGGACCAAGCUGUGGCCGUUGUUGAGCCUGAUGAGUGGAGAGGUAAAGUUCCUGAGAAGAACUCUCAAGUGCAGCCGCAUAUCAUUCACCCCACAGCCUUGGACGGGGUGUUUCAAGUUACGGCUGUGGCGACCACCAAAGGUGGAACAGAACUUGGCCCGUUGCAGGCACCGACUCAAUUGCGAGAUUUCUGGAUCUCGCAUGAUCUGAUUGAGCGCAAACCAUCCACAAGAUUGAAUGUUCUGGCGCAGACCACGCUACAAGCAGCACGAGAAACCGACUCAUUCAUUCUUGCCAUCAACUCAGAUACGGGAGAACCAGCCAUUGUAAUAGAGGGCUAUCGAGUGACAACCGUGUCUAGCCUUAGCUAUAAGCCAUCCGAGAAACGCAACAUCUUUUACAGGCUCGAUUGGAAGCCUGAUGUUGACCUUAUUAGCAGCUCGCAGACGGAGGCUUACUGCUUGGACAAAGAGACAAUACCCGUUCAAUGGAAGCCCUCUAAGGAUGUGGUGACUCUGCACUACAUGUCGGAAAUGUUGAAGGAACUGGAUGCUCAAGGCUACGAGACCUCAUCCCCAUACUUCCAAAGGUACUUGGCCUGGGUGCGAUAUCAUUUCGACCUUUUGGGGGACAGCAAUCCUCUUCUCCAAGCACCAUGGAAAGAUAUUUUAGCGGACGACAGUCGUCGCGAGAAAUAUUUGGAGGAGUUCGCAGCCACAGGCCCGGUUGAGGGUGCGGUUAAUUCGUUCUGCAAGCACCUUGCCGCAAUUGUCCGCGAAGAAGUGGAUCCGUUAGACCUCCUCUUCAAUCAAGGCUUGGCGAAGGACCUGUACAAGGACGAGAUUUUCGUGACUACCGCCAAGCGGAUGGCAGUAUUCAUGGAUCUCCUUGCGCACAAGAACUCCAAGCUUGAUAUCCUUGAGAUCGGUGCUGGUACUGGAAGCGGUACCCAGCAAAUCCUGUCGGCCUUGGGAAAACAAGGUAGCGAUAAAGGCGUGACUCCUCGAUACCAAUCCUACACCUUCACCGAUAUCUCUCCUGGGUUCUUUGAAAAGGCCAAGGCAAAAUUCGCCGACCAUGUUGAUCGCAUGACUUUCCAGACAUUGGAUAUCGAGCGCGAUCCAGCUGAGCAGGGUUUCACACCGGGUGGAUACGAUGUUGUAAUUGCUGCCACUGUGCUGCAUGCUACCCAAUGUGUCAGUGAUACUCUAAGUCAUGCCCGUUCCUUAUUGAAACCAGGCGGCUACAUAAUUCUCAUGGAGCCAACCAAUAAACAUGACACCGUGCUUAAUGGCAUCUGGGGAACACUUCCAGGAUGGUGGAGAUCAACCGAAGAGGACCGGAAGUGGUGCCCAUUGUAUUCUCGGGACGAAUGGGAUCACUAUCUGAAACAGACCGGAUACACUGGGGUGGAAAUGGCAAUCACCGACUUCCCAGAUGUCGAGAACCAUACACUCAGCUUCCUCCUCUCUCGAGCAUCUCAUGAGGAACCGAGCCAGGUUCAACUUCCGGAUUCGCUCUUUAUUGCUGCCGAUACCGAGUUUCAACUCAAGGUUGCCGAAGAAAUUGCUUCCUACUUCUCCUCGACGUGGGGGAAGCAAUGUGAUAUCCUCAAGCCUGAUGCUAUCUCCGAGCAAACAUCACAGUCGAAUGUUUGCCUGUCACUUCUUGACCUGGGACGUCCGUUCCUAGCGGCAAUGAGUGGGAAGGACUUUGCUCGCUUCAAGAGACUUGUGGACUUUUCAAGUCACAUCUACUGGAUAACAACCGGUACUGAUGUGAACGCUGCACUACCAGAAAAUGCAAUGAGUUCCGGUUUUAGCCGAGCUGCAAUGCUGGAGAAGCCUGGCCUUUACUGGGCUAAUUUGAACAUCCAGGACAUAGCCUCUGCCGGCAAGUCUAUUUGCAGUGUCCUUCAGCGCUCAUGUGGCGCGUCCGGGGUUGAGGACUGGGAGGGCGAUUAUUGCGAGACCAGCGACGUGACGCUCAUCCCCCGCGUGGUAGAAGCCAAUGAUAUCAAUGAUUAUGUCUACUCCCAGACUGGUGACCGGGACAUCGAGCGAAGGCAGCUUGCCAGCGAGCCACAUGAGGCUCUGGAAAUACAGUUCUCUCCUGGGCAGCUUGGCAGUUUCCGGUACGCCAGGGAUGAGAUUCCAAGUAAGCCCCUCGCAGAAGACGAGGUGGAAGUGACAGUCAAGGCCACGGGAGUCAACUUUGCCGAUGUGAUGUGUGUACUUGGGCAGAUUACCGACUCUUACAUAGGACAUGAAUAUGGGGGCGUUGUCCGGCGAGUUGGUUCAGCUGUAAAAGAUCUGGCACCUGGGGAUCGCGUCUGCGGCAUGGCCUCUGGGACAUUUAAGAUGUUUGUCCGGAACAAGGUUCACACCACCAUCCCUAUUCCGGAUCAUAUAGCAUUCACCGACGCCUUUCCAGCGGUCUGGCUGACAGCGCUGUACGGCAUCACGCACCUGGGCCGCCUUCGUAAAGGCGAGUCUGUACUCAUACACGCAGCCGCGGGCGCUGUGGGUCAGGCUGCCAUCCAGCUGGCACAGAAUAUCGGUGCCGAUGUGUUUGUGACAGUCAGUUCAACAGUCAAAAAGAAUCUUCUGCAAGAGCGUUAUGGAAUCCCUGGCGAUCGUUUCUUCUCGAGCCGAAAAUUGGCAUUCGGUAAGCAGAUCCUGCGCGCAACCAACGGUCGCGGUGUCGAUGUCGUCCUCAACUCAAGCUCGGGCGAGGCGCUCGCUGAGACUUGGAAAUGUGUCGCGCCUCUGGGAAGGUUCGUCGAGAUUGGAAAGCGAGACAUCUACUCUUUCCAGAAGCUUGCCAUGUAUCAGUUCUCUAAGAACGUCACCUUCUCAUCACUUGACCUUCAAACGGUGUACAAGAAUCAUCCAGCUGUUAUUAAGCAACUAAUGAAUGAGCUACACGAGCUGCUCUUUGCAAAGAAGCUGGGUCCUCCUCAGCCGGUGACACAGUUCUCACGUGGGGAAUUUGAGUCGGCCUUCCGCUACCUUCAAACUGGCCGUCAUAUGGGCAAGGCAGUGAUCAACUGGGAGGACGAGGCGGAGGUCUCAGUGGUGCCUAGUAACGACCCGGAAUAUGUCUUCGACUCCGCGGCCAGUUAUAUGAUUGCUGGUGGUCUGGGCGGUAUCGGCCGGAGUCUAUCAAGGUGGCUUACCACUCGAGGAGUCAAGAAUUUGAUCUUACUGUCACGCUCGGGCGCAGUUUCUGAUGAUGCCAUCGAGCUAGUCAAAGAGCUUACAGAACGAGGCGUCAAUGUGGCUACUCCCCAGUGUGAUGUUAGCAACGCCGAGUCUCUGGCGAGUGCAAUCAGUGAUUGCAAACAGACAAUGCCUCCAGUCAAGGGAGUGAUUCAGGCCUCUAUGGUACUUAAGGACCGCUUGUUUGACAACAUGUCUCUGGCAGAAUGGCAGGCAGUGCUCGCCCCCAAGGUCGCUGGAACUUGGAACCUUCACCACCAACUUCCAGCUAACAUGGACUUUUUUGUCAUCCUAUCUUCCCUGGGAGGUAUGAUUGGGUCGAGAGGCCAAUCUCAGUAUAAUGCCGCCGCGACAUUCCAGGAUGCAUUUGCCCGCCAUAGAUGGGCACACGGCCAGAAAUGCAUAUCUAUUGAUGUCGGUCUACUCACGUCUGUCGGGUACGUGGCAGAACAGAAGGACGUAUCCGAGCGGUGGGUCAACGCCGGUUUCGAUGCCCUGUCCGAGAAAGAGCUUCACAGUGUUGUGGACUGGGCUUGUAAUCCUCGCCUGAAUGUGUCAUCAGGAUGGGAUACUCAGGUUCUCACGGCCCUCAACCGGCCCAUGGCCAUGAUUCAGCAAGGCAAAGAACUGCUGCCUUACAUGAAGCGGACCAUGUACCGACAUCUGCAUCGGAUGGACCAAAGCACGACUGCGUCCGCCCCUACCUCUGCCCAGGCCGUAGACUAUGCAGCCCUUCUUGGGGCUGCUGGCAAUGUAGAAGAAGCAGGAGCCAUUGUCGCCACAGCUCUCGCGCAGAGACUCUCUCAAGCUCUCUCGGUACCGGAGGAGGAUGUUGAUAUCAAUAGGCCUGCUCAUUCCUUCGGCGUGGACUCUCUGGUGGCCGUCGAGCUGCGGUUCUGGUUUGCCAAUGAAAUGAAGGCAGAGCUCUCGGUCUUCAAUAUCCUGGCGGACUGUAGUAUCAGGGAGUUGGGUCAGCAAGCGGCUGGCAAGAGUCAAUAUGUGCAGAAGGGGCAAGGGAACUAAGAACACCUGUCAUCCGCCAUUUAGUAUAUUGUCGUUAGAUUACAUCGAAUCUUUACG